AAUAGAUGGCGAUAUUCUGUGUGGCGCCUGGAAUAAAUAGAAAGAAGAAGAGCAGAACAGCCAUACCUAGUGAAGUGGUACAUAUGUUUAUGUUUAUUAUUAUUAUUAUUAUUAUUAAUGAAGACACCCACAUUAAGAACAUAAAGACUCAUAGUGUUGUAUGUCUGAAGACACCACAGUAUUAUUGUUCUCAGCAUAUCUUCUUUAUCUCAGCAGGUGAUGGUAUGAGCAGACAAGAAAGCGCCUGUGUGGAAAGCAACAAGCAGAUGGAAAAGCCGUGUAGAGAGGAGAGAAGUGAAGCUGUAGACGAGGAGGAUGAAUUCCCACAUCCCAUUCCAUGGCAAAAGAUUGAGGCGCAGGAGCUCGACUGUGACUACGGCUUGCUUUUCUCCAAAGAAGAAGCAAACAGGCUUUUCAUGCAGCUAGAGGAAGAGGUGGAGUACUUUACAGACGUGAAGGUGCAGGUGUAUGGGAAGAUGUACAGCGUUCCCCGGAAGCAGGCGACGUAUGGAGAUGAAGGACUGGUGUAUUCUUUUUCUGGAGUGCAUCUCGCAGCCAGAGUCUGGACCCCGACCCUCGAAUAUAUCCGUGACGCCGUCACCAACGCCACAGGGCACACCUUCAACUUUGUCCUGAUAAACAGGUAUAAAGACGGUCUGGAUCACAUCGGGGAACACAGGGACGACGAGCACGAGUUAGACCCUUCUUGUCCUAUUGCUGCGGUGUCUCUUGGAGCUGCGCGUGACUUCGUGUUCAGGCAUAAAGAUGCUCGCAAGGAGCCAAAACAACGUCAUAUAGAGCCUGUGAAACUGGAACUGGCCCAUGGGAGCCUUCUUCUCAUGAACUCUCCCACUAACACGUAUUGGUAUCACAGCCUCCCAGUGCGGAAAAAGGUGAAGACCCCGCGCAUCAGUCUUACCUUCCGACGCAUUGUUAAGAGUCGCCAGAAAAGGAAAAAGGAGUGACUUCUCCACUAACUAUGUUAGUGUGAUUUGAAGAGGUCUUACUACAGUUGAGGACACAAUAAUAACUGAAUUUACACACAUGAACCAGUUCAAAAGUUUACACACACUUGAUUCUUAAUACUUUGUCGUUACCUGGAUGAUCAACGACUGUGUUUAUAUUUUGUGAGAGUUGUUCACGAGUCCCUUGUUUGUCCUGAGCAGUUAAACUGCGCACUGUUCUUCAGAAAAAUCCUCCAGGUCCUGCACAUACUUUGCUUUUCCAGCAUCUUUGACCCCUUUCUAACAGCGGCUAUAUGUCAAGAUCCAUCUUUUCACACUGAGGACGACUGAGGGACUCCUACACAACUAUUACAAAAGGUGCAAACAUUCACUGAUGCUCAAGAAGGCAGCACGAUACAUUAAGAGCCAGGGGGGUGUAAACUUUUGAACACGAUGACCGGUGUGUUGUCUUAUUGGAGACAUGUAACUAUCUUAUUUAGCAUCUGAAGGGCAGUACUAAAUGAAAACAAGAUCUUUAAACAAAAUUAUUUACACUGAACAUCCUGCUCAAAAGUUUACACCCCCCAGUUCUUAAUGUAUCGUGUUGCCUUCUUGGGCAUCAGUGAAUGUUUACACCUUAUGUAAUAGUCGUAUUCGAGUCCCUCAGUCGUCCUCAGUGCCGCUCAGUGUGUUUACUCAUGUUCAGUCAAAAUCUUCUUUAUUCUUGUCAGGAUCAGUGUGGUUUAAAUGAGUGAGUUUAUAUACUGUUAAAUGGAACAAACUUGGAUCUUUUAAAAAAAAAAAAAAAAAGCACAUGUGGGUACAAAUAAAAACAAGAAAACUUUAUGAGCGAGCUGAAUUUUUUUUUAAACGGUCCUGCACACACUCUAGCCUGU